CAGCCCACUAUGCCCCCUCGUCUGCGCAGACUCAGUCACUGAGGAAGAGUCGGAGCUCGCGUCCCACAGAGGAUUUCACGUCUCCUUAAAAAGCUCUUAGGAGCUCAUCAUCACCUGUAAAGCUGUAUAAGUAUCGGGUUGACGGGACCGAAGGAAGCGGCACGUCGUACGGGGAGCUGCCUGCUGAAAUCGCCAUGAGUUACAAACCCAUUGCUCCUGCACCAUCUGGCUCCAACCACACUCCACCAGGGUCUUCUGUGCCCUCUCCAUCUCUUCCAUCGUCGUCCAACUUCAGGCCAGCCUUCAGUGACUUUGGCCCGCCCUCCAUGGGCUUUGUUCAGCCUGUGAAAGUGUCCCAAGGGUCCACCUACAGUGAGCUCCUGUCUGUCAUUGAGGAGAUGAGCCGUGAGAUCAGGCCCACAUACGCAGGGAGCAAGAGCGCUAUGGAGAGGCUAAAGAGAGGUAUAAUCCAUGCCCGUGCACUGGUCAGGGAGUGUCUUGCAGAGACGGAGAGAAGCGCCCGCACAUAACCUUUUGGACAAAUCCCUCCACCUGGCACUGGCACUCUUUUUCCUGCGACACCUGCCCACAUCGUGAUCCCCAUUGGAUGUUUUAUAACCUUUUUUUUUUUUUUUUUUUUUUUUUUUUUUAUAUAUAUAUAUAUAAAUUAAAUCCUUCCUCUUUCCACUGGCUUUUUAGAGGUGCAUUAUGUCCCUUUGUAUCCAUUCACAGCAUUUCACCACGCCCAUUUUGGUAAAGACAAACUUUCUGCAACUCGUUGGGCGUACGCAAGCAAACAGAAAAUUUUAUAUCUAUUUUAAAAAUGUGGGGAAUUUCAGCACAUUUUUAGGUCAAGCUGGGGAUAUCAAAGUGGAUGGGAAUGUUUAUAUUUGUUCAACAAUGGGAUUUGACCAAGAAAGUUGACUUUUUUUAAAUGAUGUCCCCACUGCACCAGUGCUCCUGUGUCGAUUUCAAACAUCCAGUUUUCAACCCAUGAGCAUUUUCUCUGUUAUUCUGUACAUCUUGAAUAUCCUCCUGUUCCUUUCACCCUUGUUUUGUUUUCCAUGUUUUGUAAACACACAUCGGACGUUUCUCAUUCCCAAGAACUCUGUACAUCUCAUGUCAGUUUGUUAGUAUGGAAAUUUUGUAAACCAGAUUUUUGAGAUUCGGUAUGUAUAAAUAAAAAAAAAAAAAUCACAAAAAAACUGUAAAAUGUUUUUUAGGUUUUUAAGAUGUUACAGGAGGUUUUAUCAAACAAAUGUGACUCAACAUCUUUCAAUGGAGUGUUUUUUGUUUUUAUAAAAGUAGUUGAAAUGUUUA